UUGUCGCAUUGUUCUCUUCCAGAUGCACAAGCCCUUGCGCUGCUGGCGCUGUACGAGUUGGAACGAGGCAGUCUGGAUUCCGCUUGCCACCGCAGCAAUCAAGCAGUCCAUCACUUGUACGCCGCCCAUGUUGCAAUGGGACCAGGGGCCAGUAACGAAAAUGCGGUGCUGAGUGCCGUCCGGAGGGACGUCCUCUAUGCCGCCAUCUCACUCGCACGGUAUGUCGUAUUUUUCAGGCGUCGUUGCUUUUACUAAUCUUGCCCCCAGGAUGAUUCGACUCGCUAUUUCGCAUGUAAAAGACGCGGCCAGUUACUGUGUCAAGCGUCAAUGGUCCAUCGGCAUGGACAUGAUCAACUCGAUUGGGUUCCACGUUAAUGCCCAAAUUGAGCAGCUGCUCAGCUGGACAGAGCCCCGGCCAUUUGAAUUCUCGUCCGCGUCGUUGAGCAUAGGACCGGCAUUGAGCCAGCUCACGAGCUGGGUGUACUGCUUUUCGGUGCGAGCCCAGAUAUUCGUCGAUGACGUGCUUCCCGAAUCGCUUCUGGAUACAUAUUCCGCGUGUCUAGCCUGGUACGCAUCCAAGCUGCAGGCCAUCAAGGUCCCAGAAGGCGGCUCAGGGCCUUUCGAUCAUAUGUAUUAUCACUUCUGUGUACUGGCACUGUUCCGGCCGUUUUGCCAUCUGCAAUGCGUCACGAUGCCCGUGUCUCCGCGACAGGUCUGCCAGGAGUCAGCCGAGGCGGUCCUUGCCAUGGGGAAGGCGUGCAAGGAUGCCAAGGUCGAGAAAUUCGAUCUGCCAUGUUUCGCGCCAUUCUUUCUGCAUGGGGCAGGUCUGAUAGAAAUAGAUAUUGUCGAGGGUGGGGCUAGAGACGAAGGGGUAGAUAUGUCGACGAUAACGCUGCCGUCGCAGAGCGACCCCUGGCUGUGGCUGGGAGAUGCCGUCGAACCUUGGUCCUUGGGCAACAAGGCGUUGAAACAGCUCACGGAACUGUCUGGCCGUUUCGAAGCUGCGCGGAAGUCGCAAGCGGCCUUGAGAGCAGCUUUGCAGGAUAGGAGUGGGUUGGUAGAAGACGCGGUGAGGUGACGUGGUCGUUCGGCAAGCGGUUCUGGCUCGGUGACUUGGCUUGGUGCUGUAAAAGCGCAGAAAUCGUAAAUGAACUGAAGUGUAGCCGGAUGUUAGUAUCUCGAUAUGUGAUGUUGGAGGAAAGAGGUAGAAGUCUGUGAUGAUGAUGACUGGGUACUACCUAAGGUAUGGGUAAACCAAGGCAAUCCUCUUGUUUAUCCGUAGGUACCUUAAGGUAGGAAAGAAACGCUCACAGGGGC